AUGAAAAAAUCUAAGAUAAAUUCUAAAAAUAAUAAAUUUAAAAAUAAAACAUUGUUCGAUUUUUGGGAAAGAACUCAAAAAAGGAAAUUAAAUUUAUCUGAUGAUUUUCAAGAUUGUAGUCAAGUUUUAAAAUAUAAGGAUCCUAAUUUAAUAUUUUUAAGAUCUACUUUUUUUAAAAAUAUUAUACAUAAAACAAAAAAUGAUAAUAGCAUUUUAAAGUUUAGAAAAGAGUCUUUUUUACUCAAAAAUUUUUCAUUUUGUGAUCACGAGAUCUCGAAUUUUGAACUAUUAAAUGAUGAAUGCAAUCAGGAAAGAAAAAAAAAAAUUAAUUAUCAUAAUGAGGCUUUAUCAAAUAAAUUUAUUUGUCCUAUAUGUUUUCAAUAUUUCAUAGGGCAAGAGGAAUUUGAUAUUCAUAUAAAUGGUUGUCUUUAUAAAGUUAAAGAAUUUGAUUUGAAAUAUAAUAAUAAUAUUGAUAAGAACAUGGUGUUUACUUCGAAAAGUUCUGAUAUAGAAAUAAAUUUUUUAACUCAAGAAAAUAAAACAGACACAUUAAGAAGGAUUUUAUCAUUAGAAAUAUUUGAAAAUCAGAUUCAACAAAAAAAAAAAAUAUCAAAUAAAAAUUGUCCAUUUUAUAAAAUUAUACCAUAUAUAGGAUUUUCUGUAGAUGCAUUUGAGUUUGGAAAAAUUGAAGGAUGUACAGGUUAUUUUUUAUCUCAUUUUCAUUCAGAUCACUAUAAAGGUCUUACUAGUAACUGGAAUAAUGGAUUGAUUUAUUGUUCUAAGAUUACUGGAAACCUCGUAAUCAGUCAAUUGAAAGUAAAUCCUAAGUAUAUUAUAAAAUUACCAAUGAACGAAGAAGUAUUAUUAAAUAAUGUUCGUGUUACAUUAAUUGAUGCUAAUCACUGUCCAGGAUCCGUUAUGUUUGUUUUUGAAAUUAUGAAAUCAGGAAAAAUCAUACGAUAUUUGCAUUCUGGAGAUUUCCGAGCAUCUCCAUUGCAAAUUUCUCAUCCUUCUAUUAAAAAUAAAUGUUUUGAUUUUUUAUAUCUUGAUACAACAUAUCUUGAUCCAAAGUAUUCGUUUCCAUCUCAAGAAGAUGUUAUAAAUGCAGUUGUUCAAUUAUGUAAAAUUUUGAAUAAAAAUUUUAUUAAUAAUAACGAUUUUUCUGAAAAAAAGAAACUUUUAACACUUGACAAUUUUUUAAUUACAACUAAUAUAACACAUAAAAAUAACUGUCGAUUGUUAAUAGUGGUUGGUACUUAUAUCGUUGGAAAGGAAAAAUUAGCACUUGAAAUUGCAUGCUCUUUAAAAUCAAAAAUAUAUGCAAAUCAACGUCAACGAGAAAUAAUUUCAUAUUUUGAAAAUGAAAAAUUGUCUUCUUUACUUACUAAUGAUCCUAAAGAAGCAUCCGUUCAUCUUAUUAAUUUUAGAAAUAUGUCAGUUAAGACACUUAAUCAAUAUCUUAUAGAACAAAAACCUUAUUUUUCUAAAAUAGUUGGGUUCAAAGCAACUGGAAGAUUUUAUGUUUCAAAAUCAUGGUCUAAACAAUUUUCUAAUAUUUAUACUAUGAUAAAAAAUUGGAAAAUAUUUUAUGAUUAUACUAUGAUAAGACCUAGUAAAGAUAGUACAAAUAUUUCAAUAUGCUAUUAUGUUCCAUAUUCAGAACAUUCAUCAUUUAAAGAACUUAUAUGUUUUUGUCUUUCUAUUAAUGUUAAAAAAAUUUUACCAACUGUUAAUAUUCAUACAGAAAAAAGUAUAAAUUUUAUAGAAAAAUGGUUUAAUUUAUUAGAAGAUCAAAAAAAAAAAUAUGGAUUAUUUUUUUUACCUUCUGAUCAAAAAACAUGGUAA